GGUCUGUCCCUCCCACCCCGUCUCCUCCAUUUAACCCCCGCCCCGCUUCCUCUCUGCUUCCCUCAAGCCCAUUCCCACCGCCCUUCUCUCUCCUCCCUCUCCCUCUCCCUCUCCCUCUCUUUCUCUCUCUACCCAUUCCUCCCUCGCCGCCCCCCAUGAAGCUCAUCGUCAAGAUCAACCGGCUCAGCCCCAAACGCCUCUUCGGGUCCAAGAAGGACCGGUCGGACCGGUCGGACCGGUCGUCGUCGUCGUCGUCGUCGUCGGCCUGCUCCUCGGCUGCGUCGUCGGUGCACAAGCGCGGAGAGGCGACGACGCCCACCAGCGUGCUCCCCCCGCAGCUCUCGGGGGAGUGGUCCGACGUGGCGUCGUCGUCCGAGAUGAACGGCGAGCUCGUCCGGGCCUUCACGUACAUCGACGGCGACAACGACGGGGUCGUCUCGCGGGAGGACCUCGAGGCCCUGUUGAGCCGGCUCGGGGCCGAGCCGCUGAGCGCCGACGAGAAGGCGCUGAUGCUGCGGGAGGUCGGGUGCGCCGACGACGGUGAGGUCGCCGGGGUGAAGAUCGAGGACCUGGUGAGCCGGGUCGGCUCGGCGGGAGGGGACGAGGAGGCGGACGCGGGCUGCGACGUCGAGAUGCGACGGACGUUCGAGUUCUUCGACAGGAACGGCGACGGGCGGAUCACGGCGGAGGAGCUGCUGGGGGCGUUCGAGGCGAUGGGGGACGGGCGGUGCACGCUGGGGGAGUGCCGGCACAUGAUAGCGAAGGUGGAUAGCAACGGGGACGGGUUCGUGUGCUUCGAGGACUUCAGCCGUAUGAUGCAGCUGCAGAUCUAACCGUUGUAGUUCAAUUAUCAAGAAAAGAGAAAAAGAUGUGAUUAUGUGAUUGGAUCAUCAUAGUACUUCUAAUGCUUAAAUUCCGCGGUUAUUUUUCUUUUUAAAUAUUUUUUUUUGCCCUUUUUUCCUGCUCUUUUUUUUUUUUUUUAAUCUUGUUGGAGAUCUCGAAGUAAGACAAUUGAUGAAACCCGUCUGAUUUAUCGGACGGCUGAGAUCAAAUGAUCUCGGAGAACGAAGAUGCAUUUUGAUUUUUUUC